AUGUCAUCUUCCCUUCUUCAUCCGCCGAGUCACUUACCUCCAGCGGUGGCCUUGCAACAUUCACAACAAGCCCCGAGUAUCCUUGGAAGGUCUACAGGAGCCAUAUCAACAUCUGUUUUUCAAUCACUACUCGCCGCUCCCGAAACAUCCGAGUUAUGGACUACCUACGAGAAUCUUUUGCUUUCAUGCCUUCGAACCGGUGAUGACGAGUCAGCUCAUCAAUGUCUAGCCCGGCUCGUAAAUAGAUUCGGCCAAGAUAACGAACGCAUCAUGGCUUUAAAGGGUAUUCUUAAGGAAGCUGACGCUAAUGAUGCUGCUACCUUAAGUGUAAUCUUAAAGGAAUAUGAGCAGAUUUUAGAGGAAAACCCAACCAAUAUACCCAUUUUGAAGCGCCGUGUAGCUCUCCUACGGUCUAUUGGUCGGAUUCCCGAUUCCGUCAGUGCUCUCAUAUCAUUUCUCGAUAUCUCCCCAACGGAUGCAGAAGCUUGGGCUGAGCUUGCCGACCUCUAUUUUUCUCAGGGGCUGUAUUCGCAAGCAGUCUUUGCACUUGAAGAAGUUCUUAUCUUACAACCAAAUGCUUGGAAUAUACAUGCUCGUUUAGGAGAGGUUUUAUUUGUCGCAGGAAAGUCAUCAGAUAACGCAAGCCAGCUCAGCUCAGCUCUCAAGCGAUUCAGCCGUAGUGUUGAGCUGUGUGAUGGAUAUUUACGAGGUUACUACGGUCUCAAAUUGAAAUCAUCACCAAGCCAGGGUGACUCCGAUGGAUUUGCUGUACCCGAUUCGGCCACGCUUAGUAGACUGGAUGAAUUAGCCACUGAGAAGUUGGCAGAAAUCGUACGGCGCAGUUCGGCAGGAGAGAAGGGCUGGCAGGGUUACGACGAAGCCGAAAUCAAAGCAGCCCGAGCACUUCUGGAGAAUGAUUCAAGUGAUCUUAUUAGGUGA